AAGUUUCUACAGAGAACUUCCAGUUGCAGCCAGCAGGAAGGCUUCCGGACCACCUUCAGCCUGGUAACUUCCUGUCUCUUGCUCCCAGGGUUGGGCUUCCAGGCCAGGCAAUGGCUCUCCUAUGGUUCCUCUCGGCAUGGUUGCUGAUUUCGGGGACUCAAGGUACAGAAGAUGGGGACAUGCGCCUGGCUAAUGGGGCCUCAGCCAACGAGGGCCGCGUGGAGAUCUUCUACAGAGGCCAGUGGGGGACGGUGUGUGACAACCUCUGGAACCUUCUGGAUGCUAAUGUCGUCUGCCGAGCCCUGGGCUAUAAGAACGCCACUCAGGCACUGGGCAGAGCUGCCUUUGGGCCAGGAAGGGGCCCCGUCAUGCUGGAUGAGGUGGAAUGUACAGGGACGGAGUCCUCACUGGCCAACUGCAGCUCCCUGGGCUGGCUGAAGAGUCGCUGUGGGCAUGAGAAGGACGCAGGCGUGGUCUGCUCCAAUGACACCAGGGGUAUCCACACCCUGGACCUCUCUGGAGAGCUCCCAGAUGCACUGGGCCAGAUCUUUGACAGCCAGCAGGGCUGUGACCUGUUCAUCCAAGUGACAGGGCAGGGGCGUGGGGACCAGAGCAUCUGUGCCCACACGCUGAUCCUGAACACCAACCCUGAGGCCCAGGCCCUGUGGCAGGUGGUGGGCAGCAGCGUCAUCAUGAGAGUGGAUGCUGAGUGUAUGCCCGUUGUCAGAGACUUCAUCAGGUACUUUUACUCCCGAAGAAUCGAGGUCACUAUGUCAUCUGUCAAGUGCUUACACAAGAUAGCCUCUGCCUAUGGGGCCACGCAGCUGCGGGACUACUGCGGACAGCUCUUUGCCACCCUCCUCCCCCAAGACCCCACUUUCCAUACGCCCCUGGAACUCUAUGAAUAUGCACGGGUCACGGGGGAUUCUGUGCUGGAAGAUCUGUGUGUGCAGUUCCUGGCCUGGAACUUUGAGCCUCUGACGCAGGCUGAGGCCUGGCUGAGUGCUCCCCUCAGCCUGCUCCAGGCUGUCCUCCCCAAGAGUGAGCUGGCUGUGUCUAGUGAGGUCGAUUUGCUGAAGGCAGUGGAUGAGUGGAGCACAGAGAGCGGCGCCUCCCACAUGGAGGUAGAGAGCCUGGUGGAACAGGUCCGCUUCCCCAUGAUUCUGCCCGAGGAGCUGUUUGAGCUGCAGUUCAACCUGUCCUUGUACCAGGAUCACCAAGCACUAUUCCAGAGGAAGACCAUGGAGGCCCUGGAGUUCCACACUGUGCCUUUCCCAGUGCUGGCCAAGUACAGAGGCCUGAACCUCACUGAGGACAUAUACCAGCCACGGCUUUACACCUCCUCCACUUGGAGCACUUUGGUGCUCACCCAGUCCCGGAGGGUCCAGGGCAUACAGGUGUCUGAGUACAAAAAGUUCUACCCAUAUGGCUAUAGCUCAGAAUCCCGGUACAACCGCUACCAAUCCUUCCCGACCCCAGAGCACCCCAGCUUCCUCUUCAAGGACAAGUUGAUCUCCUGGUCAUCCACCUACCUUCCCACUGUGGAGAGUUGCUGGAACUAUGGCUUCUCCUGCACCUCGGAUGAGCUCCCUGUCCUGGGCCUCACCAAGUCCGGCUACUCGGAUCCGACUAUUGGCUAUGAGAACAAAGCCCUGGUGCUCUGUGGCGGGUACAGUGUGGUGGAUGUCACCAGCUUUGAAGGUUCUAAGGCCCCUAUCCCCAGCGCCCUGGAAACCAAUAGUUCCAAGACUCCCUCCCUCUUUCCUUGUGUCUCAGGGGCCUUCAGCAGCUUCCGUGUGGUCAUCCGCCCCUUCUACCUGACUAACUCCACUGACCUGGGCUAGGUGGUGCCUCUCAGUGGUGGGGACUCAGACACUCAUGUGUCCCUGUCCUUGGCCUCUUUCCUCUCUGUAACUCCCUCCAGGAGCUACACCAGGUUCCCUCAGCUGCCACAGUCUCUAUGAGCCUUAACAUUUGCUAGAAGGUUCCAGCCAGCACUCACUCCAGUGCUAAAUGUCCGCAGGCCUCCCACUGCAGGCACCAGCGGGUUCUGUGAAGUCCUGUGGGAUUGCCUAUGCCUACUGUAACUGCGGCUCAGUCUGUCAUGUCACUCAUCUGAAAUCAUUAAAGUCACACGUGCUGCUCACGAUUGGUCCAUUCCUGCAGGAG